CAAUAGAUCCCCUCUCACGAUUAAGUGUUUGCUCUUACUUAUCACAUGCUGGCGGCACUGCACUUGCCGACUGAAAAAGAUCUUCAUUUAAGCGUUUUUUAAUUGUGCGCCAGCUGAGAUUUGAGAUUUCUUCAGCAUUUACAAUUCUCCCCUCCGCUUCAAAAUGGCUGUGAGGGGCACGCAUCUCUGGCGUAUAUAAUUUGUUUAAUUUGUAGCUAAUUUAUCUUUCCACUUGGCAGCGGGCAGAUCGGAUGGCGAGCGAAUGGGGGUUCACUGGAGCAGGUGCCUCAUUACUGAACUUUGAACUUGAAACGGUGUUACGAUUUAUAGCUGGCAAUGUGGAUUACGGUUAGGCAUCGGGGUUCGGGUUAGCAGAACAAAUGUGCCAGCCUGGGAUUAUGAAGGGAAAUCAAAUAUUUUGACAGUGUGACAGAUCAUUAAUCACUUGUAAAUAAUACACUCAAUCGAUUGCAUUUGAGCUAACUGUCAGCAUUGCGCCUAAAUUAUUUUGAUAUUUAUUCAGAGUUCAUAUCAAAAUUUGUGCAAUAAGUAUGUCAGAACAACCGACACAACAUAAAUCCGACGAUCGCUUGACUAUUCUGCAAACCAUAUCGGAUGUACUGAACUCCGGCCUCAGCAAGGAAUCCCUUAAAAUCUGCAUCGAACUGGUGGACAAUGGUGUCUCUGGUGGCGCACUAGCACACGUAAUCCAGACCAUUAGAAGGGAGGCUCAAGAUGAUGAAGAUAAGGAAAGUAAUGAUUCCGAAGAAUCGGCUGCAUCAACAGACUCAACUUUGUAGGAAAUGCAUAUAAAAUGUAUUUUUGUGUUUAUAUUUUGUGUUUGUUAAAUUAAAAGUUCAACUCUCCGAUGGUCUGUUU